CAAGAAACCUUUCAUUUCCAAAGCAUGAGAUCCAGCUUGGGGUGCGGAGCACCUGGCCGGUGCUGUCCGAGGAGUCUGUUUCUUCUGCAAGCUCAUAUUUACAUGCAUAGAUAGUUAUGGCAGGGGGUGCGACAUACCGUACUUAUGCCAAUAACGACAACAGCAACAACAACAACCACGCCCCGGCUUGCUAAGAAUACAUACUCCGAGGGCAAUCAAUUGCUUGUCCUGCUUAGUACUCCGUAUUGCGGACGCAUCGCUUCGCAUCCAUCCCCAUCGACAAGGGCACCGGACAGUUGUAGGGGGCCGCAACGCCACCGCUGUCGCCGCCAAAAGCGAUCAGGGCCCGUUGGCAAGCAUGCUAGCCCGCUAGCGUCUACGAGCAUACCCGCCCCGUUACCGUUUGUCGAUUUUGGCCCCCCUUUUUGGCGUGGCCUGUGUAAAUCCCGUGUAUGCUUGUCGCGGCCCUCGUCGCGCUUGAACCGUCGCCACUCGCGGUACGAGAUGUCGUGUUGUGUACGGAGGAGAGUACGGAGUAGUGUGUACAGGGUAUGCGGAGUGGACCGGGGCAUAGCUGGUAGCCCCUUUGCAUCCAAGUGUUUGUGCUCGCUCUCCACGUACGACAUCUCCGUACGAUGGAUGUCGCUUCGCUGCCCGCCUUUAUCGAGUGCUACUACUGGGCGGCCCGUUGGGUCAAAGGAGAGGACGGCAAAAGAUCAAAGAAUGACAAAAACAUGCAGCUCCAGCUAGCUGUGCGGUGGAUGAGUCGAAGCUUGGGCGUUUGCAAACGUCAUGAAAGCUGUCAACAACGGCGGUGGCUGUUCUCCAGAACCGGGCAGGUCGGGGUACUGCUGCAUUCUGAGCGCGCAGGGUGAGUGUGUGCGCGUUGUAUAUAAAGUAGCCAGCUGAUGUGGUGGUCGGACGGCACAUCAUGUUAUACCAUCUCCUGCCGAUUUCAGGUCAGACGGUGCAUGACGAUGCGGCCGUGUAGUGUGCGCGCCGCGGUUGUCUGGGUAUAA